AUGCAUCUAAAUGUUGUGGGUCAUAUAUAAUAGACCAUUCCUUUUUAAUAUUUGAUAUCAGAACGUCUGAAAAUUUGUAAACUAGUAUAUUCUAGAAUAAAUACUAGGAAAAUCAUUGCAAAAUCCAUUAGAAUAUAAUGACUAAUAGAUACUACAGGUCAUUCUACAUCCAUAUUUUUUCUCAAAAUAUUAAUUGGAUGGGCAAGGCGGACAUACAGAGUUUGUUGGCGAUCCAUAAUAACAACUUAAACAUUUGUAAUUAUUUGCCGUACAUGUUUUGCAUAAAUAAUAACAUAAAUUUGGAUCAGAAAUAUAAAUAUUUCUGAUAGAGACUUAUCCAUCAUUUUUAUUGGAUGAUGUAAACUUUAGAUUUGAAUAAUCUAAAUUCAGCGUUGAAAAUGCAAAAUGUACUGUUCUUAUUUCAUAAGGAAUAUUAUUACAAAAUCCAUUUGACACUUUAUAAUUGGUGUUAGGAAUGUAAUUAUAUGUAUAUGAAAAAGAGCUGAACUAAAUAGUUACAGUUUCUGAUGU